AUGCAUCUGGGGAUGGACGAGCCCAGGGAGUGUCAGUACAAUCAGAUCUGCACGCAUAACUCGUCCUCGCCCGCCGAGACGCCGCACAGCAAGAAGAGGAAAGUGAAGAGGAAGUGGCAGAUCUUCCCCGGCCGGAACAAGUUCUACUGCGAUGGACGGAUCAUGAUGGCAAAGCAGACCGGGGUGUUUUACCUCACCAUGGUGCUCAUCCUGGUCACCAGCGGACUUUUCUUCGCCUUUGACUGCCCGUUCCUGGCAUCCAACCUGACCCCUGCCAUUCCAGCCAUCGGUGGAGUGCUGUUCUUCUUCGUUAUGGGCAUGCUCCUCCGGGCCAGUUUCAGUGACCCAGGCGUGCUGCCCAGGGCCACUCCAGACGAGGCAGCCGAUGUGGAGAGACAAAUAGAUGCUAAUGGAGCAAGUGGUCCAGGCUAUCGGCCUCCUCCCAGGACCAGAGAGGUGCUCAUCAACGGUCAGACAGUCAAGCUGAAGUACUGCUUCACCUGCAAAAUCUUCAGACCGCCUCGGGCAUCGCACUGCAGCCUGUGUGACAACUGUGUGGACCGUUUUGACCACCACUGCCCCUGGGUGGGUAACUGCGUUGGAAAGCGAAACUACCGCUUCUUCUACCUGUUCAUCCUCUCCCUCUCCUUCCUCACCAUCUUCAUCUUCGCUUUUGUCAUCACCCACGUCAUCCUGAGAUCCAACCGGACCGGAUUCCUGAGUGCCCUGAAAGACAGUCCGGCCAGUGUUCUGGAGGUUGUGGUGUGCUUUUUCUCUGUCUGGUCCAUCGUGGGUUUGUCGGGUUUCCACACCUACCUGAUCAGCUCCAACCAGACGACUAAUGAAGACAUCAAAGGCUCAUGGUCAUCCAAACGAGGUAAAGACAACUACAACCCGUACAGCCACGGCAACAUCCUCACCAACUGCUGCGCUGCCCUGUGUGGACCUCUACCGCCCAGUUUGAUUGACAGGAGAGGUUUCGUAGAGCCAGACGCCCCUCAGCCCGCAGCUCAGUCAAAUGGCACCAACACGUGUCCAACAACUCAGCUCCAGAGUCAUAUGUGUCACCAAGAUCAGUGCAUUCAGAGCACCAAAUUCGUUUUGCAGGCUGCCACCACACCUCUGCUGCAUGCUCAGCCUGUUCUGCUGGGUGGAGCUCCUGUCCUGCAGCCCAAACCCUCAGUGGGGGGUCCCUGUUCAGCCCUGGGCCCUGGACAGCCCUCCCUGCCCUCCCUGCCCUCCUCUAUCCCUGGCCUGAGCUGUGGAGGGGAGGUUUUGGCUUUGCAUGACUCUGAAAGCCACUGUCACCAUCACAUUCACCACCAGCACUUCAUCAGCCCAGAGGAGACGCCCUGCGCCACCCAUCUGGGUCACCACGUGCCCCUGUACGACCCGGCCAGCCAGGAUUCACUCCACGAGGACUCUGUACGUGGCCUGGUCAAGCUUAGCUCUGUCUGAGGACUGCUGGUAUUGGCCAGCUCAGACAAACGGACGAGUCCCUAAAAGCCGUGAGCCGCUGGGUCAGGGCCAAAAGCCAUACUUUUAUCUAAGGGUGCACGAUAUGUCUACAGCCAAUAUUAUUGCUGAUAAAUGGGGAAAUCUGAUUAUUGUCAUUGGCCCGAUAUUAGAAUUAUAUACAACAAAUUAGAGGCCCAACAGAGGAUUGGAGUUUGCAAUAAAUCUUCAGCCAGAGUCCAACAAGGGGGACCUAAGGCUUUUAAUGUCACCAAUGUGAUUAACUAUUUGAAAAUUCAUUCCAGUGGUUUGUUUAUCCUAACAAAUAUGAGGUGGCUAGCAUGAGCAGCUAGCUGGGAUGUAUAGUACUGUGCAAAAGACCAUCUUUCAUGUAUUUUAUUUCCAGUCAAAACGACCAUUAUUUACAAGUUAUUCAUUUUUCAG